AUGGAGCACAGGAUGAGUCUCAAUCACCUGCCGCCUGUCGCAGAGAUAGAAUGGAAUUCGCUGUCUUGUUUUCCCUCCGCUACAGAGCAGGGGGCGAUGACAGCUUGCCUGAAUGGCGACGUGGAGUAUGCGGUACCUGAGCUUGUGCUGGGCGAGGAGGUCAGAAACUCAUUUGCUCUUUCUCUGCAGAUUCUGUUCGUCUCUGGUCUUGCUGGGAUACUUCUUGCUCCGAGCUUGCUCUCCGUGAUGGAGAAGAUCUCGAACUUUGUGAUAGACAACGACGAGCUUGACUCGGUUUCUGUUUCCUCCAUCACUCGCGUUGACCAGUUGAGAGUGAAGGAGCUAGAAGCUGGAGGGGUUGAGGGCAUUGGAAGGUCGAAACCUGGAGACGUCAAUGAACAUGAACAUGCAUGUCACCAUGACACGAUGAAAGUACUCUCGGAGUGGGGAGUGAUAAGGAACAGCAAAGCAGUCAACCCUUACGACAGUGUCCUCCCCACUGAAAACCGUCUGCUCCUGCUGCUUCGUUGCAAGUCCCGUUGGACUCAUGGGUUUGGACCGAGUGUCGCAUCAUGCUGGGACGAUGACGGCGAGUCUUCCGGCAUGACUUUGCCAGAGUUCGAGCUGAGGAUGAUCGUCGAGUCCUUUGGCAGCGACGGAGCUCGGGUGAAACUGGUGGGGAUGAACGACAGAAGGGGAGUGGUGCUCUCCUUGUCCAUGAGAGAGCAGCAGCGGGACGGAUGGGACAGUCUGCUGAAUGCACACCUGACAUCGGCCCGCGAGAACGAGCUUGGCCUGCUCUGUCAGGCUGUGAGAAGGUCGGUGCUCUCGCACUCUCUCAUGUACAAUAUAGCUGGUGGAAGUGACAUCAUGCAAGUCUUGUCGUUGUCCCUUAGUGAAGAGGGAUUCACAAACAUCCCGUUCUUGCGGAAGCUCAAUGGGAUCAGAAAUGACAAGAGAGCUGAGACUUGUCUCUGUCUUGUCGAGGAUGCUUUUGAUGAACAUCCUUCUCCUACCAUGCUUGCUCUUGUCUUGCAGGGGAUACUGAGAACUUUCUCCAACAACGAGAGAAAGUUCAAGACGGCAACUGCCAUGGAGCCGGAGAUCUCCCUGCUCAUGGCCAACGUGGCGAAAAUCAGAGAAGAUGCCAUCGUCCUCGACCCUUUCUGCGGAUCCUGCUCGCUGCUGCUUGCUGCUGGUAUCAUCCUCCGAGGGAGGUGCCAGCUCUACGGUUACGAUGCGGAUGGAGAGAUCAUGGGGAUGUUGGAGAAGAUCAGCUCUGACUUUGCCCAUCACAGCAUAGCGCCUCCGACGAUAAGAAGGGCUGGCAUCGAAACCCUCGGGCAGGACUCAGACUUCCGGAGAUUGAAGUUCAAUGCAAUCAUCACUGACCCUCCCUAUGACAUGAAUGCUCAAAUUCUUGAGAGUGAGGACAAGAGGAGCAGGAAAAAGAAGUGGAGGGAAGUGGAAGGGCAAGCAGACAGUGGUCAGCGAGUCCCGAUGCUCAUCAGAUGUCUCUUGGACAUCGCGCACCAACGGUUGACGAGGUUAGAGAUGCAGUGA